AUGAAGCCACCAUCAAAUACAAAAGAACUGCAAGCUUUCAUAGGACAGAUAUCGUACAUAAGGCGCUUCGUACCUGGUCUGGCGCAGUUAAUGACGGCGCUCCUCCCACUACUAAAGAAAAAUACCCCGUUUGUGUGGGGAGAAGUUCAGCGCGCUGCGUUCGAAAAACUAAAACAAUGCCUUGUAAGCCCCAAAAUCCUGAGACCCCCGAUACAAGGAAUCCCCCUCUACCUUUACACGACAUUCACCGGUUCGGCGAUAGGCGCAGUCCUGGCACAAGACAUGGGAGGAAAUGAACUAUCACCUAUUUACUAUGUCAGCCGAGUCAUACGGGAUGCAGAUUUGAGGUACCCGCACCUAGAACAAGCAUGCCUAGCCUUCAUAUACGCAACGCAAAAGCUACGACCUUAUCUUUUGACGCACGAAACUAUCGUGGUGGCAGCGGAAAACCCCAUAGCCUACUUGGCUUCAAAGCCCUUCCUAACGGGGAGAACUGCCCGUUGGUUGCUACAACUGUCGGAGUUCGAGCUUAAGUAUCAACGCCUGAACGCGGUGCGAGGACAAGCGAUAGCUGAUCUCGUAGCUAUGUUUACAGGAGAAGGAGAUGAUGAAGUACAUGAGUACGUACCUGGGGAAGUGGAGGCUGCAGACGUUGAAAAACCUUGGACUAUGUUCUUUGAUGGGUUAUCAUAUGGCACCGUUGGAGGAGCCGGAGUAGUAUUCGAAGCGCCACGAGGAGAGUUUAUCUCAUACUCAUUUAAGCUGGACUUCCCCUGUAGCAACAAUGUCGCAGAAUACGAAGUGCUGAUCUUGGGACUUCGAAUGGCAAAGGAGAUCAACCUGGGAAGCAUAGAAGUCAAAGGCGACUCGAGACUCGUAACAAACCAGGUGAACGGCGAUUUUCAUCUCAAAGAACCACACCUAGCACCUUAUCGGGCGGAAGCUCAAAGAUUGACGAGCCAAACGGGAUUAACUCUGGAUCAUACUGGCAGGGGCGGAAACAAACACGCGGAUGCCCUAGCGACCCUGGCAAGCAAAGUACAAUUGAAUGGCGAGGAAGAAGGCACGGUCACGAUAAAAAGAAAGGAUAUGCCCAGUACUUGGAAAGAAAACAUGUCUUUCGAGGAGGCGGAUGAUUGGAGACGGGUAUAUAUCGAAGACCUAACCCGGAUGGACGAAGAACGAGUGAUACCCGUUCAAGCUCUGAAGCAAUUUGUAAUGAUCCGGGGAGCCUUGUAUUACAGGGCAGCUGGGGGAUCCCUCGCGAGGUGUGUAAAUAAAAGAGAGGCUGAGAAGCUACUACAAGAACUACACGCGGAAACAUGCAGACAAACCGGCGUUGUCCACCUUUACAGGAAACUCCAAAGAAUGGGUGUGUAUUGGCCAAGCAUGUCAGCUCAAGCGUCAGCGCUCCAAGACAAUUGCGUUGAUUGUCAGGCCCCACCGCAACCAGCGAAAGUCUGCACUGUCGAAAAAACAGAUUGGAGGCAACCCUACGUUGAUUUCAUCCAACACAGGAGAUUACCGAGUGACAAGCAGGCGGCCUUAAAAAUCCAAAAGAAAGCAGCGCGUUUCUUUAUACACGAGGGUGUCCUUUACCGCAUAAGCUACGGUAACGCCGCGCUGCGUGUUUGUCAGAACAUGAAGCGGUAG